AUCAACUCACCGAUCAUCAUUCGAUAAAACAAAAUCAACAAACCUAGUACACACAAAAUAUCUUCCAAAUUCCAAUCAUUAUGUCAAAACCACCCAACGGGCCGCCACCACCACGACGACUCUACAAACAUGUUUCAUGGUCGCCGGACAUGCUCCGGGAAGAAGCAUGGAAUAGAAAAAAACACGAUCACCUCAGCCGCAGUAGAAGCAGCAGUCAUCUGUUAAGCAAGAGUCUCUCAGAGGAUGAUUUAGAAGAACUCAAAGCUUGUUUUGAACUUGGAUUCGGGUUUGAUUCACCCGAAUUCAACCCGAAACUAUCACAUACUAUCCCUGCUUUGAAGUUAUACCAUGCUGUUAAUAAACAGUACAACAAGCAUAGCUUGUCAAUGUCUCGAUCAUCUUCUUCAUCUUCCAUUGUUUCUGAUAACGAUGAUGCAAAUACCACCGCCAUAUUUAAUCCAGAUGAUGAUUUGGCUGCGAAGAAGACUAGGUUGAAACAAUGGGCGAAGAUGGUUGUUUGUGUGGCGCGACAAUCUUCUAAGACAUCAGCUUCGGUCCAUUCUGACCAAGUUGAUUGAUAUUUAAUAUUACUAUUUUCUGGCAUGCAUCUCUAAAGUCAGAGAUGCAUGACUACACACGAGAAAGAGUGAUUGAAUUUUAAUUGUAAUAUAAUUUGUUCAUAUAUAUUGUGGAUCGUCUUUUUGUAGUUUAUUUUUUGUUGGCUUUGUAAUUUAUUUAUUGGAUUGGUUCUAAUUUUACUAUACAUGAUGUACAUUUCCUUACUCAACAAACAACAUAUUAAGGUGUUGAUUUGAGUUCUUUUGUCAGAGCUAUUGAUAUUACUUUUCAAU